UGUGUUUACUCACAUGCAUUCCACUGGGCUGCAACAUGGCUGCGUGCUUGGUGAGGAGCUCAGUGCUCCGAAGGGCCAGCCCCGGCCACUGGCUACGGCCACGUCCCAGCACUGGUGCCCUGGUGUCCUGCAGGGCAGAGGGAGGCCCCCCCUCAUCCUCCAUAGCUCUCCCAGCCUCCGGCGGGGACAAGCUGAGGACCAUCCAGGACCUACCAAAGGUUGGCCUCUGGGAGGUUGUGUACAGAAUGGUCUUCCAGGGCUACUACAACCGUCUUCAUGAUCUCCAGGUAUGCUGCCACAUAUCUUCCAAGAAGUUUCUCCUGUUGCAAACCUGCAAAAAUCAUCAAUAAGAUUCACGAAAAAGAGCUUUACGGGCCCAUUUACGUGGGGGGGUUUAAAACAGUCUCGCUGAGUAGUGUGAAGCUAAUGGAGGAGGUCUUGAGAAAGGAGGAGAAGUUCCCCAGCCGAGGAGACAUGUCCCUUUGGACGGAUUACCGCAAUAUGAGGGGCCUUGGCUAUGGGCCCUUUACAGAGGAAGGAAAAAAUUGGUACAAUCUCAGAGCCCUUCUGAACAAGCGCAUGCUGCACCCGAGGGAUGCGGUGCGGUACGGCCCUGUGAUCAAUGAAGUGGUCACGGACCUGAUCAAGCGCAUCUGCUACCUGCGGCAGGCCUCUCCCUGCGGAACCCUGGUGACCGACGUGUCAAACAACCUGUACCUGUUCUCCCUUGAAGGUAUAUCGUCGGUUCUGUUCGAGAAGAGGAUUGGCUGUCUGGAGAACGCAAUACCCGACGGCACGCAGCACUUCAUCGACUCCAUUGCCCAGAUGUUUGCGAACAGCGCGGGGGUGAUAUUGCUGCCAAAGUGGGCCCAGCGCUUCUCGCCACACUGGCACCGUUACAUAGCGGGGUGGGACGGCAUCUUCAAAUUUGCUGGGCAGUUGAUUGACAAGAAGGUUGAGGAGAUGGAGCGGCGCUUGGGUGAGCAGCAGGAGGUGGAGGGGGAGUACCUAACCUACCUCCUCUCGAACACCCAGCUGAGUCGCAAGGAGGUGUACGGCAGCGUCACAGAGCUGCUGCUGGCCGGGGUGGACACGACCUCCAAUACGUUAAUGUGGGCGUUGCACUUGCUGUCCAAGAACCCUGAAGCUCAGGAGACCCUUUAUAAGGAGGUUUCUGACCACACAGACAUCCUGUCAGCUGAGGAAGUGAACUCUAUGCCGUACCUCAAGGCAGUCAUCAAGGAGACCCUGAGGAUGUAUCCUGUUGUUGUGAUGAAUGCAAGAAGAAACAUUGAAAAGGACGUUGUUAUUGGUGGCUACCAUUUUCCAAAGAACACAGUCUUCGGGUUCUCUCUCUACGCCAUGAGUCAUGAUGAGGAGACGUUCCCGGAGCCGUGGCGCUUUGAGCCGGGCCGGUGGCUGAGGGACGGCCGAGAGAGACCCUACCCAUUCGGGUCCAUCCCCUUUGGCUUCGGGGUCAGAGGUUGUGUUGGACGGAGGAUUGCUGAGCUGGAAAUGCACCUGUCUCUGGCCAGGAUGAUCAAGCUUUUUAAAGUGGAACCCGACCCCACAUUGGAGGAGAUCAAACCAGUGAGUCGCACCGUGCUGGUGGCCGACCGACAGGUCAACCUGCACUUCCUGGACAGAAGCAACCAAUCCCAACGCUAGUUUCACUUAUCAACUGUUUUAAACCGACCGGUACAACAGUAAUGACCCUUUUUAGCGGCUUUCCUUAGCUGCCACUGCAUAGCUAGUUACCGUGGUAAAACUUUGGUGAAUAAAUGAACACGAAUAUAAAGAAUGCACACACACACACACACACACACACACACACACACACACACACACACACACACACACACACACACACACACACACACACACACACACACACACACACACACACACACAAACACACACACACACACACACACACACACACACACACACACACACACACAAUAAUGUAACAUUGAACAUCAUCUUACACAUUACGUAUCCACAUUAUAUUACCAGUUUUUUUAUAACCCUAUAUAUAUAUAUAUAUAUAUAUAUAUAUAUAUAUAUAUAUAUAUAUAUAUAUAUAUAGUUAUAUCUAUAUGAUAUUUUACCCUUUACAAAAUGUAAAACACCACUUUCAUAAAGAGGAGGAUCCCCACAUGACCAGCAGAGGGCAUCAUAAGCACAAGAAAGAACUUGAACUUGACCAACUUGUUGAUUUCCAAACAUGCUAUUUACAGACGCAAGUAGCCUAUGUGUCUGUAAACUUAAUGGCCGACAUUUAUAAAGUUUUUCAUACAUUGUUUACGCAAAACUGUUACUCACAAGAGCCCAAUAAAACAUUUAUUCUA